UCCCCCUCUCUCUCUCUCUCUCUCUCUGGCUCUCCCCUGGAACUAUAACCAUUUUAUAAUGUGCACUAUGCAAUUACGCAAGGUUGCAAGCAAUUUUUAUUUAUUUUUAUUUUUUAUGCCUACUUGCCCCACUCGCGUUUCUAGUUUUCUACAGUGUUUUCAUGGAUAUGGAAGAUUCUUUCCUCUUCUUCCCUUGACUUAAAAGAGUCUUGAGUCGUCACUCAUGUAUCACGCUUUCCCACCCAUUAAUCUUCGCUGCCUUUGGUUUUUCCUUGCAAUUGCUUCUUUCAUUUUUUGUCACGCUUUCCCAUUAAUCUUCUCUGCCUACUUUUCCUUUCAAUCGCUUGCUUCUAUCAUUUUUGUCACACAAAAAUCCAUCAUCCUCAACUAGUCUUUUCAUUUGCGACACAUUUACGUUAGCUCUGAAAUCCAGUCAAGAAAAGAAAAAGAUGGAAUCUUGCCCUCUUUCUUUCCCCAACUUCAAUUCAAGUUGGACAGCCAAGCAAAACAAACUGUUUGAAAAUGCUUUGGCAAUAUAUUACAAGGAAACCCCAGACCGUUGGCACAACAUAGCCAAGGUUAUUGGAGGUACAACUGAAGAGGAAGUGAAGAGGCAGUAUGAGAUUUUAUUAGAGGACAUCAAGUGCAUUGAGUCAGGGAAGGUGCCUCUUCCUAAUUACAGGAAAAUUGGAGGAAGCAGUGGAUUAAAUAACGUUAGCAAUCAAGAAGAAAGGCUGAAGAACUUAAAGCUCGAAUGAGGAACUAUAGGCAUCAGUAGAGACCUCAGACCAGUACUAUUUUCCUCUAAAAGUAGAUCUAGCAUUUACCACGUACUAUUCAUUGACAAUUCUCACUCUUCCUAGUAUUUUUUCUUGAGUGUAAUAGGUUUUGUUCUCUACUACAUGUACAAGGAUGAUCCAUCACAUUUGUGCUUGCAUAUUUACUCUCUUUUCUUACUCAA